AUGUAUGCUUCUAAGACGCCAACGGAAAGGUCGAAUGUUACGCCGCAAGCUGCAUCGGAAAAUUGUAAAGUCAACAACACAAAGAGUCCACGGCAAGUCAUCAACGUUAUCACUUCUCCCAGCGCAAAGCAGCAUCUAGACAUUGAGAAACCCGAUCCUCGAUACUCACAGCAGCAAUUGAUUUAUUCGGCAUUUGUCCACCAGGGACGUUUCACUCGAUCUUGGACUUUUACUGACAUUCGCCCCGAAGGUGGCUUGAUGGAACAGGAUUUUCUUGAAACAAAUGCUGGAUUCUCAAAUUUGCUCCUUGGAUGUUCGAAAGCCGAUUGCCCACUUAAAAAGAGCGGAAGUUGGGCUCGGGUUUCCGCUUCAAAGAACCGCACUAUCACCGGCUGUUGUAAACAACAAUUUCCAGGCCGUGCUGCAGGGAUUGCUCGAUCGUCGCAAUCUCGAUCUCGCUUUUGUGCUCGAACCUCUAAGAGCAAUUCCAACGUCAAAAUGAAAUCGCUGGGUCUUGAGAAAAAGCAAAGCAGCGAGACAACGAUGAAAUCAAAGCCCAUGCACGCACACACACGUCUUCAUACAUGCCGCAACGUUGCUUGUACCAAAGGAAAGACCGAAUCAGAAGUUCGUCACUUUGAACGCCUUGAUGUAAUGACCGAUGAAGAAGAUGCUAAAAUGCUUGGAGAAUAUAAGCGCCCACUCGAUCGUAAAGAUGUGCUUAAACAGCUCGAUGCUUUGAUUAUUGAAAUGAACAAGAUGCCGACUCAUAUCAACAUUAACGAAACUCGUCCA